AUAUUCCAAGAGAAGCCCAUAACGAACAUCGCUCAAGUAUAAAACACUACAACUAGGAAUCCCAUUAUAGCCGCUAGGGUUUUCUUUCUUCUUCUCUUCGCAGCAGCAGCAGCAGCAGCAGCAGACAUCUCUCAACAAGCACCGCCAUGGCUGAGCAGACGGAGAAGGCAUUUUUAAAGCAGCCUAAGGUUUUCCUUAGCUCGAAGAAAACUGGAAAGGGAAAGAGGCCUGGCAAGGGAGGAAACAGGUUCUGGAAAAGCAUUGGGUUGGGUUUCAAGACACCCAGAGAUGCCAUUGAAGGAACUUACAUUGAUAAGAAAUGCCCAUUCACUGGGACAGUUUCUAUCAGAGGACGUAUCUUGUCUGGUACUUGCCAUAGUGCAAAAAUGAACAGGACCAUUAUCGUGAGGAGGAACUACCUUCACUGGGUCAAAAAAUACCAGAGAUAUGAGAAGAGGCACUCAAACAUCCCAGCACACAUCUCCCCAUGCUUCCGUGUCAGAGAAGGAGACUAUGUCAUCAUUGGUCAAUGCAGGCCAUUAUCAAAGACAGUGAGGUUCAAUGUGUUGAAGGUAAUUCCAGCAGGAUCUUCUGGCGGUGCAAAGAAAGUUUUUACAGGCAUGUAAGAGGUCUGAUUCUCAAAUGAUGUGAUGCUGCCAGAGAUUCAUAUACCUAUAGGCGAUCUUGGAUGUUUGAUCAGCCUUCACAUAUUAAAUGGACGGAUCCUUUUGUUUUCCUUGUAUCCUAGAUUUUGGUCUGUUUCUGUUACUAUCAAGGAUGAUCUAGAUUGAAAUUUUGAGGAUAUUAAUUGCUUUA